UCUCGUUUUAUAAGUACCGCAUCUACACAAUUUGCCUCAUUGCAGGGGCGUAAAAAGAAGAAUGGCGGCUCUUAUGUUAUACACGUGCGGAUACAGCUCUAACCUAUUAAAAUGUAAAGUCUUCAAAAAUACCGACUAGACUUUCAAGUAAACCAGAGUGUUUAUCCGUUCGGUGUUUAACUGCUAAAAAUUAUAGAGUCGAUGCAAAAAAAGUGAUAAAAAUGUCUCACAGUAAAGUAUUUCAACGUAAUCGAGCUCUGGGAUACGUGAGCAAUCACAUCCCCGUGGUUACACGUUAUAUCCAGAGAAGGAAGGAAAACUUAAUAGUUACAUGCACUGGUAGAAAUUUUCACACAUAUGGAUGUUCGCAUUUUACUCUACUCAGUGUAUCUGGAGCUCAUCCUGAGGACAUAACUUGUCUGUCUGCUGACACUUAUCAUGUUUACACGGCUAGCGGUAACAAGAUUUAUGCAUGGAGAAGAGGUAACGAGUUGAAACACACCUAUAAAGGACAUGAAUCCCAAGUGCACCUUCUAUUGCCCUUUGGGCCUCAUCUCGUGUCGAUUGAUGAGGGUAGUAAUUUGAUGAUCUGGGAUAUUAAAACAGAAGAAGUUGUUUCGGAAUCAAAUUUUAGCAACAAUGUGUUCAAGAUCACUGCCCUUAUGCAUCCCAAUACCUACAUUAACAAAAUACUGUUGGGAAGUGAGCAAGGACAGAUGCAAUUAUGGAACAUCAAGCUGAUGAAGAUGAUAUAUACUUUUAGUGGAUGGAACUUUUCUAUAAGUAUCAUUGAACAAGCACCUGCAGUUGAUGUUGUUGCCGUGGGAUUAAUAGACGGAAGAAUCAUCUUGCAUAACUUGAAAGUAGAUCAAACUGUUUUUGAAUUAGUGCAAGAUUGGGGUGUAGUCACUUCGAUUUCAUUUCGAAGUGAUGGGCAUCCUAUCAUGGCAACUGGCAGUCUACAGGGACAUAUUGUACUUUGGAAUCUUGAGCAGCGCAAAGUAGAGAGUCAAAUUUUGAAUGCUCACUUUGGAUCUGUAACUGGAUUAAAAUGCCUUCCUAAUGAGCCAUUGCUUGUUUCUUCGUCACCGGACAAUACAUUGAAGCUGUGGAUAUUUGAUUUGGCAGAUGGCGCAGGAAGAUUGCUGAGGCUUCGAGAAGGACAUGCAGAGCCUCCAACAGUUAUACGAUUUUAUGGAAAUGACGGCCACAAUAUUUUAUCAAUUAGUGGAGAUUCAUCAUUGAGAAUAUUUUCCACCCAAACUGAAACUUUCAACAAAAGCCUAGGAAGAGCUUCUUACAACAGAAAAGCAUCAAAGAAGAAAGGAAGAGCAGUGGAUGAUCCUCUAAUAAUGCCACAAAUGACUAACAUUGCAGCAGAGAGCACAAGAGACAAGGAUUGGGACAACAUAGCUACCACCCAUCUUGGUUUGGGUGUAGUUACAACUUGGUCUUACGACAAACUGAAAAUGGGAGAGCACAAACUGUUGCCAGAAAAAUUCAAGUUUAACAUGAAUGUCACUGCCACUACUGUAACUAUAACUCAAUGUGGAAAUUAUGUUCUUGCUGGCUAUAACACUGGUCAUGUGGAAAGAUUCAAUAUACAGUCUGGAGUGCACAGAUCAUCUUAUGGUUCAGAUAAAGGAGCACAUGAAGGUCCUGUCAAGGGAAUAAGCGUUGACUGCCUGAAUACAGUUGUUGUCACUGCUGGAAGAGAUGGCAAAGUGAAGUUCUGGCCUUUCCAAGCUUUAAAGCCUAAUGAUAAGGAGCCAAAAACAGUUAUCGACGUAAAAGAAUCAGUUGAAUGGCUACGCGCUCACAGGGAGAAUUCUCUACUUGCCACAGCUCUCCAAGAUUUCACGAUCGUCUUGAUCGAUGUUGACAUGCAGCGAAUCGUUCGAAGAUUCGAAGGGCACACAGGUCGCCUCAAUGAUGCAACCUUUAGCCCUGACUCUAGAUGGCUUGUAACUGCCUCCAUGGAUAGGACGAUAAGAGUUUGGGAUAUUCCAUCUUCUCAACUAAUAGACAUCUUUCAGGUACCCGAAGCUAGCACGUCGGUAAGUUUCUCACCUACCGGCGAGUUUCUCGCCUCUGCGCACGUGUGCAACUUGGGGAUCUUCUUGUGGUCCAAUCGGACCCUUUAUUCCCAUGUACCUCUGAAAGCCGUUAAGGCUGAGGACAAGAUUCCGAGCAUUUCUCUUCCGGGAUCCACUGCGGACGCUAUCCCAGAUUCUUCAGACAGUACGGAGGAAGCUAUGGUUCUUGACGACGACGAGGACGAGGACUCCAAAGAAUAUACAUCUCCGGACCAGCUUAGCCCGAAACUCGUCACCAUGUCUGCCCUGGCUACCUCUCGCUGGCUGAAUCUGCUGAAUAUUGACAUAGUGAAAAAACGCAACAAACCGAAAGAUGCACCUAAAACUCCGGCGGCCGCGCCCUUCUUCCUACCCACGGUUUCGGCGCCCCAGUUGCAGUUUGACUUCUCGGACGUGCAGAAGCAGCAAGACUCUGCCAAGCUUCUAGCUCAUCCCGAUUUUCAGAGUUUGACGCCUUUCGGCCAGCUGCUCGAGAAGACGGCCGAGACAAACGACUUUGUCCAAGCUGUGGAAAAGCUGAAAAGCAUGGGACCUAGUGCCAUUGACCUAGAAGUGCAGUCCCUCGCGUUCGACAUGAGGUGCGCGGUACCGAUGCUCCUACAGUUUCUUAAAAUGAUCAAACACAUGCUCAAAAGUAAGAAGGACUUUGAGCUUGCUCAGGCAUACCUAUCGCUCUUUCUUAAGUGUCACGGAACGAUGCUGAGUGAGGAGCAGGAGCUGGCCGAGUUUCUGUCUGAUUUUCAGAAACUGCAACUUAAGAGCUGGAAGGUCGUUCGAGAGAAGCUCUUCUACAAUCUCAGUGUUGUUCAGCAUCUCAAAAAGACGUAGAAAGAGAAAGAGGAGGGAAAUAGUGUAAAAACUGUUUAUAUCGAUUUUUAACGUAUUAUUAUCUUAGUGAUAAUAGUGUAAAUAAACUGAAAUUUGGCCAGCCAAGUUGUUUCGUUCAAUUUUUUAGGAUUGUAUUCGUACAUAUACGACGUCAUAUUUUUCGAUAAGUUUAAGAAUAUAUAAAAAUAUAUAAAAUUAAAAACAAAAAA